AUGACCGCCAUCAAAGAUAACGUCGCUAUCGCUAACAGUGAACAUUCUUCAAUGACACUCGAAUCAUUGAGAGAGAGGUAUUCGAAAUUUUUGUCAAGAAGAGAGGCAAACAGGAAAGUUAUUACUUUUUGGGCAGAAGAUGAAUUUGAUCCAAAUAGUAUUCAAAUGUCAGGUGGAAUGCCCAAUGAAGGGUUUUUCCCCAUCGAGUCAAUCAAUUUGAAAAUAUCAAAUACACCACACUUUGAAAAAAGUGAAAGAAAAACUGUCACUACCAACAUAAGUAAGGAAACUCCAGUGGAAUUACCCUUGUCUAAAUCCAUGCAAUACUCGGAAACAAGAGGUUUAAAUCCUUUAUUGGAUUUUAUUAGAUAUUUCAUCAAAUGGAUUGGAAAUUCUCCACCAUAUGAGGAUUCAUUAUGGGAGGUUAUGUUGGCCAACGGAUCAAGUGAUUCGAUGUUUAAAGUAUUUGAAACAUUGUGUGAUGAAUCAGACACCGUAUUAAUGGAAGAAUUUACGUUUGUACCUGUUAUUUCAAACGUUAUGGCAACAGGCGCUAAAUGUAUCCCAAUUAAGGUUAAUUUAAAUUAUGAGGAUCAAGGUAUUGAUAUCGAUUAUUUGAGUAAUUUGUUAAACAAUUGGAAGGAAGGACCCUACAAACAUUUAUCGAAGCCAAAGAUUUUGUAUACCAUCUCAACAGGUCAAAAUCCUAUGGGGAUGACUUUAUCAAUGGAAAAGAGGGAAAAAAUUUAUCAAAUUGCUCAACAACAUGAUUUAAUAAUCUUAGAAGAUGAUCCAUACACUUAUUUAACUUUCCCCAAAUUUGAUCCUCAAGACAAGUUCAAUAAUCCAUAUGAAAACCCAAACUUUACCAUCAAAGAGUAUUUACAAAAUCACUUCACAAAAUCAUUUAUCACAUUAGAUAAUGAUGGUAGAGUCAUUAGGUUGGAAACUUUUUCCAAAUUAUUUGCUCCUGGUUUAAGGUUAAGUUUUAUAAUUGCAAAUAAGUUUUUGUUGGAAAAAUUUGUAGAUUUUUCUGAAUUAUCGUCAAGGGCACCAAGUGGAACUUCACAAGCAAUUGUUUACUCUACCGUUAAAGCCUUGACCACAACUAGAGCAAAUAAUGAAAAACCAGAUUUAGAACAAAUGUCCAAAGCUUGGCUUUCUUGGAUUAUUCAAAUUGCAAAACAUUAUACAAAUAGAAGAAAUAUUACUUUAUCCACUUUAUAUGAAAGUAAUGCUUAUAAGAAGAAAUUAUUUUCCGUAAUUGAACCAUCAGCUGGAAUGUUUAUUAAUUUAAAAAUCAACAAUAUUUCCAUUAAUAUCCUGGAAGAAAUGAAUAAAUUGGAUAAACUAUUAAGUAAAAAUGGUGUAAAAGUUAUAUUAGGUUAUAAAAUGGCAGUAUCCAAGGAAUUUUCAAUGUCCGAUUGUAAUUUUAUUCGAAUUACCAUUUCCUUUGCCAAAAAUGAGGAGGAAUUAAAAAAUGCCUCUAAUAAAAUUACCAAAAGUAUUGAAGAAUAUUUUCAAAAAUCAUAA